UGGAGCAAGAUGGCGGACGACUUAUUGUGACAUCAAAAAAGAGUCCAAAAUGGGGAAAAAAGCCAAGACCGGGAAAGGAAGGAAGGAUAGAUUUUACCACUUAGCAAAAGAAACAGGUUACAGGGCUCGUUCGGCCUUUAAGUUGAUUCAACUGAACCGCAAAUUUAAUUUCCUACAAAGUUCUCGCUGUUUGAUCGAUCUGUGUGCUGCACCAGGAGGAUGGCUUCAAGUAGCUUCAAAUUUUAUGCCUGUAUCAAGUCUUAUUAUAGGUGUUGAUCUUGUUCCAAUAAAGGCAAUCAAAAAUGUUAUAACCUUCCAAGAUGACAUUACCACAGAAAGCUGUAAACAGCAAUUAAAGAAAGAGCUCAAGACAUGGAAAGCUGACUGUGUGCUUAACGAUGGUGCACCUAACGUUGGUGCAGCAUGGGUUCAAGAUGCUUUUUCACAAUCUGAACUAACCCUMAGUGCUCUGAAGCUGGCAACAGACCAUCUUAGAGAAGGAGGAUGGUUCAUUACCAAGGUUUUUAGGUCAAAAGAUUAUCAGUCAUUACUCUGGGUUUUUCAACAACUUUUUAAGAAAGUYCAUUCCACCAAACCUCAAGCUUCAAGAAAUGAAUCAGCAGAAAUAUUUGUAGUUUGUGAGGGAUACUUGGCACCGCAUAAGAUCGACCCCAAAAUGCUUGAUCCAAGACAUGUGUUUAAAGAAGUACAAGAAGAAAACACCAAGAAAAUUAGCAUCCUUCAACCAGAGAAAAAGAAAAAAGCAGAAGGUUACAGAGAAGGAGACACACUSUUCAACACAUUAAAAGUGUCAGAAUUCAUCCAGAGUACUUCACCCUUACAGUUGCUGCCAGAUAUCAAUGAGAUUGUUUUUGAUGACAAAAAUAUUUUAAACCACAAGCUUACCACAGAAGAAAUCRAAAUGUGUUGCAAAGAUAUUAGAGUACUUGGAAGAUCAGAUAUCAAAAAUCUUGUUUUAUGGCAAAAGCUUUUAAGGAAAGAACUUUAUCCAAAAACCACUGAUAAAAGUGCAGAUGGUGACGAUAAGGAUGAGGAAGAAACGGAAGAGGAAGCAAUUGAAAAAACUAUUUUAUCUCUGAAAGAAGAAGAAAGUGCAGAAAUAAAAAGGAAAAAAAGAAGAGUCUUGCAACAGAGACAAAAGCUUCGAGAUAAGAUGGAGUUAAAAAUGGUUUUGCCAGGAGAUACAAAAGAAAUUGAGGAUGAUGCAGAAAUMUUCUCCUUAGCUAACAUAAGAACAAAAAAGCAUAUUGAUGAAAUCGAUGAUAUUGGUGCCGAUGUCAUGGAUGAUGGGGCUAUYGGUAAAGAUGACAGUGGAGAUGAAGAAAUAGAACUUGAAGAGACUGACAGUGAAAAAGAUGAAGAAGUGGAUUCUGAGAAUGAAGGAGAAGAUGAUGAGAAUGAUGAAGAAGAGGARGAAAACAAGARUCAUGAGAAAAAUCCACUGGUUGUCGACCUUGAAACUGAUGUUCCUGCCAAAGAAAAAGCAGAUAUGUGGUUCAAAAAGGAUGUGUUCAAAGGGAUAGAAGAUGAAGAAGAUGAAGAUGUGGAGAUCAGCCAGAUGCUGGAAAAUUACAAGAAAAAGGGAGGAAAGUUAUUGGGUGAAGAUGGUGUAGAUUCUACUGCUGAAAACAAGACUUCAAAAAGCACAGAAAUUCCAACUAAAAAGCUAAAACUGAGUGAUGAUAAGGAUGAUGAUGAUGACACAAGUGAUUCCAGUGAUUCAGACAGUGAUUAUGAUAUGGAACAAGAACAAGAUGACAAGAAAGAUGAAGAUUUUGAGGUUGUCCCUAAAGAAUCCUUGAGUUCCUAUGCCAAGAAGUUGACACCAGAGGGCCUAGCUCUUGGAGCACAGAUGGCUUUGUCAAGGAAAAGAAAAAGAGACAUUAUUGAUGACUCUUUCCACAGAUGGACCUUUAAUGAUCCUGACCUGCCGUCAUGGUUUGCUGAAGACGAAGCUAAAGUUUACCAGAGAACUCUACCUGUGACUAAAGAAGAAGUGAGGGAAUAUCAAGCAAGAAUGAAGGAAAUYAAUGCAAGACCAAUCAAGAAGAUUGCCGAAGCCAAAGGCCGCAAGAAAAGAAAGGAAAUGAGAAGGAUGGAAAGAGCAAGAAARAAAGCUGAAACAAUCUGUGAAGCRCCAGAUGUAGCACCACAAGAGAAGCUAAGACAAAUACAGAGUUUAUACAAGAAAGCAUCGGUUGACAAGAAGAAGAAGGAGAUAUCUUAUGUUGUCACCAAGAAGCACCAAGCUGCAAAGAAAAUGAGAAGACCGGCUGGUGUUAAAGGACCUUUCAAGGUGGUUGACCCGCGAUURAAGAAAGACAUGAGAGCGAAGAAAAUGAUGGAUAAAAAGAAAAACAAAAAAACUGGUAAAGGAAGAAGAUGAAUAUGUAUCCAUCAAACAUGAAAAUAUCCCUAAUAUUAAUCAUUUUAAAGCCAGUAAGACAUGUUUACAGAUGAAAGAGAAUAAAGAAACGAAAAGACAAGACAACGUUAGUAGGGUACUGUCAAGAAACCCGWUAAAAAGUAUUAAAAUUCAAUAGUACAAAAUGUAAAAAAAAUGUCUUGUAUUCUGUUGCUUUAUAGUACUAUUUAUAUGUCUAUAGCAUAAAUCAGGAAACUCUUGAACCACUUGACCUGCAUUAAGCUGUCACCAAAUGCUUUUACAUUAUCAAUCAUAUUAAAUGUAAGAUUACGGAUAAAACGCGUAGUUUUUAAAAAACAUGACGUUUCGACUAUAACUAGUGAUACAGGGCCGUAACUAGAACUUUUACAGGSAGGGUGCACAUCGAAURAAAUCGGACCAUUGAUCGUUUCUUUUARGAAAGCAGAACCAAAAAWAAGGGAGAUGGAUGAGCGGACCUUAAGCUUUUAUGGGAGGGGGGCACGUGCACCCUGUGCUCCCCCCUAAUUACGGCCCUGUGAUAGCCUUCAUCAGAAUGAUGAUGAAUAUAUGUGAARCGCGUGUAUGUGUACAAAGCGUGGGAAGAGGCAAUGAAACSAUGAACGAACCAUAUUCGUAUUUCAUGGGUAAGUGUUCCGUAAGGCAGGCAAAGGAUUAAGGCAUUAAGGCAGGUAAAGAUUUUGUUUUUGAGAAGACCAAUAACUUGUCAGAAUCGAAACAAAAAACUGUUAUCUUAAAAAUAAUAAAAUUAAUAAAAUUUCAAA